UGGUAGUAAAAGCACGUGAAUGCAUAAUAUAAACACAAGAUGACAGCCAAGAUCGGUGGAUAAUUUGUAGAGAGAACACUGUUAUUUAUGAAUUAUUAAUCGAAUAGAUUGGAUUGAAGAAUCGCGUAUUCGAUGCCGCUUGGUAGCAAACCAGAAUGCGCAAAAUGCGGGACUCGCGAGACCCCAUUGUGGCAUUCGACCGAUGCUGGAAACUUGUGCAAUGCUUGCUUGGAGGACGAGCGGAAUGCCGAGGCGAAUUCGUCCUCCAAGGCAGAUGAGGAAGAUAAAAGUGGCUCGCUAAGACCUAGAAGAAGCACGAGGAUCACAAGAUAUUGCAAUGCGAAGACAGUAGGAUCGCAUAAAAUUAUACCUAAAGGCAAAGGUCGCAGGAACUUGUUUAAGAAAACGCCAGUCAAAGCACCCACUGCUACUGCAACUCCAGUCACUAGUAACUUUGUAUUUUAUAAAGGCUCAUAUUUUCAAGUUGGAGAUAUAGUUUCUAUGCAAGAUAUAGAUGGUGGUAUUUAUUAUGCUCAAAUACGGGGUUUAUUGACAGAUCAGUAUUGUGAAAAGAGCGCUGCUGUUACUUGGCUAUUACCCACUACAGCAAGCCCACCACCAGAAGAAGGUUUCAUUCCUGAAACGUACAUAAUUGGACCAGAGGAAGAUCUACCACGCAAAUUAGAGUGUAUGGAAUUUGUUAUGCAUGCUCCAUCGGAUUAUUUUAAGUUAAAGAAUACACCCUAUCCACCGAUGCUUACAGAAAAAGGAAUCGGCUAUAUAUGGACAACUCUUAGAAAUGAAAUAGCUAUGUCUAAAAAAUGAAAUU